AUGAAUGAAGCUGAGGGGAAGACGAGUGUGGCCCGUUUGCUCAGUGCAGUUGAAUGUGACCUGGUGGCGGGCAGUGAGAAGGGAGAUCCCACCGAAAAGCAAUUGAAAGUGGUCCUGGAAGAUGCAAAUCUUUGGCAAAAGUUCAAAGCAGUCACCAACGAAAUGAUUGUCACCAAGAAUGGAAGGCGGAUGUUUCCAGUUCUGAAAAUAAGUGUAUCUGGAUUAGAUCCAAAUGGCAUGUAUUCAUUCCUGCUCGACUUUGUUGCUGCUGACAGUCAUCGCUGGAAAUACGUGAAUGGUGAAUGGAUCCCAGCUGGUAAACUGGAACCCCUGACACAAAGCUGUGUUUACAUCCACCCAGAAUCCCCUAACUUCGGAGCACACUGGAUGAAAGCACCAAUAUCUUUCAGUAAAGUCAAGUUGACGAAUAAAGCAAACACCACUGGACAGGUGAUUUUAAAUUCUCUGCAUAAGUACAAGCCCCAAGUUCAUAUAGUGCGUGUUGGAGGCCCUCACAGAAUGAUUUCUAAUCACACUUUCCCUGAAACUCAGUUCAUUGCUGUGACUGCAUACCAGAAUGAAGAGGUUACAGCACUGAAGAUUAAGAAUAAUCCCUUCGCCAAAGCAUUCCUAGAUUCUAAAGAAAGAGUCAGUUAUAAGGAGAGUUCAGAUGACAUUCCUGGAAAUCAUCACUUGAGUUACUCUCACAUAAGCAGCUGGUUGAUACCUAAUGGUGAGACUAUUUGUAUCCCAGCAAAUCCAAGUUAUCAGUACCAUUCUGCCUUACCACUUCCAAGUGGUGCCCACACACUCCACAACAGUGAACGGUACAGCUCGCGUUGCAGCCACCUUGCCACUCCAUAUCCAACGUCAUAUGUACAUAGAAAUUACUCAGCAGUGCCCUUUGCAGAAAACACUAACAACUUUCAGGCUUUACCGGGACAUGACAAUUGGUCAACCUUACCGCCACCUCCACAUGCCAACAUGUUACCACUGACUCAUGCACCUGGAACUGGAUCCAAUUCCAGCCAGUAUACGUGUCAUUGGGCCAUGGGCAAUCGUUCGGUUAGUCCAACUAACCAAAUGACCUCAGCUGCUGUAAAUCCUCAAAGUUCAUUUAUUCGAGGGAACCUGAGCUUGUCAACAACUCCUUCAUCCUUGGUCGCUGUGACGAGUUCAAGUGGAGCCGCAGUGGAGAUGAUCAGUGAAUCCCCACUAACCAGGCUUGUGGUAUCACCUUGGAGCUCAAGUUCAUCUCCAUCAUUCUCAUAA